AUGGUGGUUGACUGGAGGUGCCCUGAAAAAAUUGCAGGACCUUACAAAGAUGAUCCAGUGGCAACGUCUUUGUCCCUAGUGCAGGAUAUCAUCUUCGAAUUGAAGCUUGUGGGGGAAGAGGUGAAAGAUAUAAGGGAGAGAUUAGAUACCAUUGCAGAUGAGAGGGAUAAGUUCCACUUGAAAGAGGGUGUUACAGAUUCACAAGUUUAUGACAUGGAGAGAAGGCAAACUGGCUUCCUUGUGAAUGAAUCAGAAAUUUAUGGUAGAAAUGAGGAGAAAGAAAUGAUAAUUGAUGUGCUGAUUAACAAUUUGAGCAAUCAAGAUGAUGUCUCCGUCUAUGCUAUAUGGGGUAUGGGGGGACUUGGAAAGACCACUCUUUCUCAAUUGCUCUACAAUGAUAAGAGGGUAGAGAGACACUUUGAGUUGAGGAUUUGGGUGUGUGUAUCUGAUGAUUUCAGCAUACUACGGCUGAUGAGGGCAAUCAUUGGGUGGAUAGAAAGACGUGCGUGCGAUAUCACAGAGUUGGCUCCACUAGAGCGACGCCUCCAAGAAAAUUUGAGUGGGAAGAGAUUUUUACUUGUGCUGGAUGAUGUGUGGAACGAAUACCAUGAUAAGUGGAAUGGACUCAAAAAUGCACUCAGGUGUGGAGCGAAAGGUAGUAUGCUUGUGGUAACCACUCGAAGUGAGAAAGUUGCUCUUAUGAUGGCUACGCUUCCAAUAUUUAACCUGAGAUGUUUGUCGGAGGCUGAUUCUCGGAUUUUAUUCAAGCACCAUGCAUUCGGGAUUGGAAGGAGGGAGGAGAACUUAGAGUUGGAAAAAAUCGGCAAGGCAAUAGUGAAGAAAUGUGGUGGGGUGAAAGAUAUAAGGGAGAGAUUAGAUACCAUUGCAGAUGAGAGGGAUAAGUUCCACUUGAAAGAGGGUGUUACAGAUUCACAAGUUUAUGACAUGGAGAGAAGGCAAACUGGCUUCCUUGUGAAUGAAUCAGAAAUUUAUGGUAGAAAUGAGGAGAAAGAAAUGAUAAUUGAUGUGCUGAUUAACAAUUUGAGCAAUCAAGAUGAUGUCUCCGUCUAUGCUAUAUGGGGUAUGGGGGGACUUGGAAAGACCACUCUUUCUCAAUUGCUCUACAAUGAUAAGAGGGUAGAGAGACACUUUGAGUUGAGGAUUUGGGUGUGUGUAUCUGAUGAUUUCAGCAUACUACGGCUGAUGAGGGCAAUCAUUGGGUGGAUAGAAUGUCGUGCGUGCGAUAUCACAGAGUUGGCUCCACUAGAGCGACGCCUCCAAGAAAAAUUGAGUGGGAAGAGAUUUUUACUUGUGCUGGAUGAUGUGUGGAACGAAUACCAUGAUAAGUGGAAUGGACUCAAAAAUGCACUCAGGUGUGGAGCGAAAGGUAGUAUGCUUGUGGUAACCACUCGAAAUGAGAAAGUUGCUCUUAUGAUGGCUACGCUUCCAAUAUUUAAGCAGAGAUGUUUGUCGGAGGCUGAUUCUUGGAGUUUAUUCAAGCACCGUGCAUUCGGGAUUGGAAGGAGGGAGGAGAACUUAGAGUUGGAAAAAAUCGGCAAGGCAAUAGUGAAGAAAUGUGGUGGGUUGCCCUUGGCAAUAAAGGCCCUUGGAAGCCUGUUGUGGUUUAAAAACAGCAAAAAUGAAUGGUUAUCUGUGAAAGAAAGCGCAAAUUGGGAUUUAGCCGAUGGUGACAAUGAUAUCUCACCUGUCCUAAGGCUAAGUUAUAACAAUAUAUCUCCAUCUUCGAGGCAAUGUUUUGCUUAUUGCUCAAUAUUUCCCAAAGACUAUGAAAUGGAGGUGGACAUGCUGAUAGAGCUUUGGAUUGCAAACGACUUCAUUCCAUCUAAAGGUGAAACAAAUCCAUAUCUUAUGGGCCGAGGGAUCUUUAAUAAUUUGGUCUGCAGGUCUUUCUUUCAAGAUGUCAAGGAGGAUUACAAGGGUGACUUGACAUGUAAAAUGCACGAUCUGAUGCAUGAUCUUGCAAUGUCUAUUAUGAUACAAGAAUGCUACAUAAUAGAGCCUCAAAAGGAGCUGAAAAUUCCAGAAAAAGUUCGCCAUUUAUCUUUUUAUGGGAACUUAGAUUGGGUGGUUCCUCGAUACGAAGAUGUGCGAAAAGUGCAAUCUUUACGCUCCAUUUCACUUCUAUCAAGGUUCAAGAACGCUAAGGAAAUUGCUACCUACAUCUCAAAACAAAGUAAUCUGAGAGUGUUGGAGUUGAAUGGGUGUAUCUUUAACAAAUUACCAUCGUCAAUUUGGAAUUUGAAACAUCUUAGGUACCUGAACUUGUCGAGCUCUUGGAUAAAAAUUCCGAAAUCAACGAGUUUUCUUCAAAACGUGCUGAUGUCGAAGCCCGGAAUUUAUUGUGGGCUUCAUAAGUUGCUCAGUUAUGGGCAUACAAUGACAGAACAUGGGUCAGGGUGGUAUCAAACUGAAAAAUUACCAUCUUCAAUUGGGCAUUUGAAACAUCUUAGGUACCUCAACAUGUCGAGCACUGAUAUCAAAUCCUUACCGGAAUCAAUGACUUGUCUGCAAAAUCUACAGACAUUGAAGCUGAAAGAUUGCAUGCUACUUCGUAAAUUGCCCAAAGGUAUGAAAAAUUUGAGAAAUCUUAGAUGUCUUGACAUUAGAGGAUGUGUUUCUCUUGUUUGUAUGCCUGCUGGACUCGGGCAGUUAAGACACCUACAGACUUUAACCAACUUUAUUGUGGGUUCGGACCGUGGUCAACAAAUAGGCGAGCUGAAAGAAUUAAAUCUUAGUGGUGAGUUGACCAUCAAGGGACUCCAUAAUGUAAGAGAUUCAGAGGACGCAAGAAGUGCCAACUUAAAGAGGAAGCAGGAUCUUUGUGCUUUGAUAUUGGAUUACGAGGAUAUCAAGACUGACAACUUACUAGAUAAUGAUGAAGAAAUUCUUGAUGGUCUCCAACCUCAUCCAAAUCUAAAGAAGUUGAGCAUAUGGUCGUAUCAAGGCUUGAAGUUUCCUAAUUGGAUGCUAGAUUUGGAUCUUCAAAAUCUGAUUGAAAUCUCUCUAGUUGGAUGUAAGAGAUGUGAACAUCUUCCACCUCUCGGGAAACUACCCUCCCUCAAGGUUCUUUUUAUUGGUGCAAUGGAUGCUUUUAAGUGUUUCAACAAUGACUACUAUGGAGAUGGGGAACAAUCAUUUCCAGCACUAGAACAGCUCUAUUUGGAGGAUAUGCCUAGUUUGGAGGAAUGGACAACAGUUGAUAGAGGAGAAAGUUUUCCUCGUUUGCGGGAAUUAUACAUCCGUCAAUGUCCCAGGUUGACUGAAUUUCCUUGUCUUCCAUCACUUGGGAGAUUAAGCAUAGAAAACAGCAAUGAGAUGCUAUUAAGGUCGGUGAUGGAUCUCACUUCACUUUCCUCGCUUGGAAUAUCUAGGUUUGAUGGGUUGGAGUUUCUUCCAGAUGGACAGCUUCAAAAUCACAAGGUUCUUGAGUCCCUAUCGAUUAGUGAACUAGGCAAUCUCAAGACUCUGUCACAUCAGCUGGAUAAUCUUUCUGCUCUGAAAAAGUUAAACAUUGAUCGUUGUAAUUCUCUCGAGUAUUUACCAGAUGGACUCAAAAACCUCAGAUCCCUUGAGAGACUCGAGUUACGGGAAUGUGACAGCCUUACAUCCUUACCGGCGACAGGGUUACAAGGCUUGUCUUCCCUAAGAUCAUUGAGCAUAACGAACUGUAAGGAACUAAGUUGUUUAUCUGAAGGAGUAAAACACCUGACUGCUCUCCAGGAUUUGGUCAUAAUUAGUUGUCCAGAGAUGACGUCUCUACCGAAUUGGCUAGGAAGCCUAAUGUCGCUGUCGUCGUUACUGUUUUGGGAUUGCCCCAACUUGAUCUCCUUGCCAGAUGGGCUGCAGUCACUCAAAAAACUGCAAAUUAUUGAAUGUCCACAUUUGGAGAGGCGAGAAAGAGAAAGGAGAAGACUGGCCAAAGAUAGCUCAUGUUCGUGAGAUUUGGAUCAAUAAUCGGAAAAUACAGUCCUUGAUCCCACAUGACUAAAAUGCAUCUGACGGAACAAUCUUCAUACGAUGGUUGUGGUAGCCAGCAGCAGCUUGUGGAGCAGGCAGAUAAAAAUAAACUUUAGAAGAGGUAGCUAGAGCAAGUUGGUGGUAGCAUAUAGAUGCCUAUGUAAAUCUCGUGGGGUUUUAUCUGGCCGGACUUACAGGACCUAUUGUCAUGGAUUUCAUUCUCCAUUUGGAUGGGAUAUUGGCAGGACCUAUUGUAAAAUCAUCUCCUCUCAUAGCACGCUUCAUAGAUUGUCAAAAGAAGGCAACCAAGCUACUUGAGGGUAGAUCUUCAUCAUGAAAUGCAUCGACUGAUUGCUUGCUGCUUCAUCAUAAAUUUGUUGAAAAGUUGUUCAAAAAUGAUGUUACAUCUGGUACAAUUGUGAAUCAAUCGAAUUUAUUCUAUAAGUAUGUCCAUGUCUGUCCAUUUCUAUUUGUAUUAACUAGUUGGUACACACGUAUGUUGCCUUGCACCUGAAUUAUAUUACAUCAUUUUUAUUUGUAUUAACUAGUUGAUACACACAUGUAUUGUAUGUAUGGGAACCAUUUUGACUUAAAAUAUUAUUCUAAGCUG